GCUCUCUGGUGCUUUUUUCUCGUUCUCCUUUCCCUUUUCCUUCGUUCUGUUCUUUUUCCUUCCACUCUGUUUUGUUCCCUCUGUCAAUUCUCCGAAUUGGUAACCCGGCUACUUGCCAGCGUUUCUAUUUCCUUCGAAACGCCUACACGCAAACAGCCCUAGAUAUCGCCCGAGGUGUCAAGAACCAUCACUCAAACUGUGACAAAUGGCCAAUUCCGCAACUCCUGCAGAUCGUUCCAACGUCCGCCAAGCACUGGAGCGUGCCCGUAACUGCGAGCCAGAUGCUGUUGAUCGAAACACGAGCGCUAUACUCGAGACCGCCAUCGCGAAUCUGUGGCAGAGGAUACAGGAUGCGCCGGAUAGCUAUGUGCUGAAUGGGGACGAAUUUGCAUUAUUCAACUAUUUCCGUGUCAGGUAUCGCGGUAACCGGAUUGCCCAGUUGGCAGUGGAACGGUUCUGGAACAAUUACCGUGGGAAUAGCGCAAGCAGUGAUGGAAGUAAGACAUAGCACUUGCUGUUGUACAAAUGGCAUCUGGUUUUCAGCGAUAUGUGGGAAAACCACAGUGUCUUUUUUGGCGUCCUCCGAGGCCAUCGUCUUGACCAAGAGGACCACACGCUUCGGUUGCAUGUCAAGCCUGGCCCCCUCCAUAACUCUCAAUGGCUCAGGAGUGAAAUCUGACCAUCAAAAAUCAACGUUUCUGGGGGCAGCCGGCUGUGACAUUUGAGCUGUAAUCCGCGGGUCCAGGGUUACUGUUUGACCAUGCCUAGCUGUGCCUGCGAAACGAGAAUUGGGAGCGCUGGACGAAAUAACUUCCGUUGGCCGAUAUUGCCGGGUUUAAACCAGCCUUGGGAACUCCUUCAUGUCUUCUGCAUAUGCCUGUGAA